AUACCGGAACUGCACAAACUGGUCCAGCGACUCUGCAAAGUCUGCCGAUUUACCUGCCGACCCAGUCAUGUAGACCAUCUUGGCAAGACUUUCUGAGUCUGCUAGCUGCGACCAGUGACAUCUCUCUAACGAGGCCAGGGGACUGCACUCUCCACUGAUGACUACAACAUCAUGGGUUUGCUGUGCAGAGUGUUACACAAAGCACGCAUCAAGAUGAGACGUAAAAUCGGGCAGUACGGCAUGACUCCAGUUGUAGCGUUCCUGGCUAUUGUUGCAUUAACCCUCUACGCCGUCUACCCAUCGCUACGACAGACACCGGUGAGGGAGAAGCCAGCGUUGAAAAUCCGGGACAGGUUUGACAUUCGACAAGUCACUCAUGCAAUAACGACUACAGAGAACGUCUUCAAGAGGGGACACGAAGGAUUUCUCAAGAAAUUACUGUUACGGAAACAUGAAGGACAGAAAUCAGGCAUACAGGAACACAGCAAUAAGGAGGAACCCCAGCACACAGGCUGCAGACGACCUGAACUUGACCUCUACACCCCGGAGAUAGAACACUGGUUCCACGACGUGGAGCCGCUCAAGUGUGAGGUCGGGCAGAAGGAGCUGAUCCACUUCCAGAAUGAUGUCAUCAAGAUCGACCUCGACAUUCUUCCAGAGGUCAUGAAGGAUUUUGAUGAUUUUAUCUGCAUAUUCCGCUCCCUGUACAGACGGGACGAGGACUACACACAUUUUGAUCACGAGCAAAUCAUCAAUAUGACAGGCUACACAAAAACAUUGCUGGACUUCAACAUAGAUACAGACUUCUUUGAGAUCAGCUGUGGUGAGAACCCGCGUCAUCACGACUACAAGGAUGGUUACAUCUACAACCUACCCGACACCGACAUGACCAAAAAUGUAACCAACGCUAACGACGGUCUGUUCGAAGAACAUCAAAACGCUCUGUUUGAAGAACGACAAGACAACGAGACAAAAAUACUCCGAAAACUUCUGGACGAACCUGAUGGUGAUAAUAAUGAUGCAGAAGAUGAAGAUGAUGAUGAAGAAGAUGAUGAGAAUGAGUAUUCCAUAAAGUACCGUCGCUACAACUAUCAUGACUAUGAUGAUUACGAUUACACAUCUUUGAGAGAUGUGGCAUACGAAAUGCUAUUUUCACACAUCCAUCCUAAACCAACGGUCUUCGCCGAUGCCAAACAGAAACUUUUAAAGGACACAGCACUCGGGUUGAAUGUACUUAUGUUCGGGUUUGACUCUACGUCUAGGUUGAAUUUUAUCCGUAAACUUCCAAAGACGUACAAAUACAUGACUGAGAUCCUAGACUCUGCUGUGCUGACUGGGUACAAUAUCAUUGGUGAUGCCACAACAGCUGCGCUUAUUCCAAUGCUGACGGGACAGACAGAAAUGGAGCUACCGGAGGUGAGGAAAAACCAGGAUGUUUCUCAUUCCGUGGACAUUUACCCCCUUGUGUGGAAGGAGUUCAAGAAAAACGGUUAUGCAACCCUCUUUGCGGAGGAUCAACCAACAAUGAGCGUUUUCAACCUACGGUUAAACGGGUUUGAAAAACAGCCCACGGACCACUACAUGAGACCCUUUUGGCUCGAGGUGGACUAUUCCGAGCUGGCUCAUGGAAAUUGUCUCGGUUCGAAACCCAAACACGACAUUAUGCUCGAGUAUAUCAUGGACUUCCAGGAGAAGUACAAAGAUUUGAGGAGGUUCACUUUUGGAUUUUUUAGUGACUUGAGCCACGGUGACAUCAACCCCCUUGCUUAUGCAGACGACAGUAUGCUACAGUUCCUUCAGUCACUAUACAGGGACGGGUACUUAAAAAACACUAUGCUGGUCAUUUUUGGUGACCACGGUGCUAGAUAUGGUAAAAUUCGCUCAACAUUCCAGGGUCGACUAGAGGAAAGACUACCAUUUAUGUCAAUAACUUUACCAACCGAGUUUCAAAAGCAGCACCCAGAAAUUGCAAAGAAUCUAAAAAGCAAUGCAGCCAAACUGACCACACCGUUCAACAUACAUAGCACUCUGUUAGACAUACUGAACUACAAAUCAGGCAAUGCUUACCCGUACAGAGGACAGAGCUUAUUCCGUGAGGUUCCAGAGAACAUGACGUGUACAGAGGCAGGGAUCGCCACCCAUUGGUGCACCUGUAUGGAGUGGGAGGAGCUGGACACUGGGCAGGACCAUGUGGUCCAGGCUAGCAGGGCUGUGGUGGACUUCAUCAAUGAGCAGACCUUGCCCUAUAGGAGUCUGUGUUCCCAGUUGGACAUCAGCGCCAUCAAAAGAGCUGACCUGGUCACAGCCAAUGAGCAGGUUCUGAGGUUCAACGGCACUCGAGACGAGGACCAACGGCUGCCCAGGUUUGGCCGAGAGGUGAACGUGAAGCAAGCAGAUAUACAGGUCAUCCUUGAGACUUCCCCCAGCAAUGCGCUGUUUGAAGCCACAGUGACGGUAUCCUUCAAGCUCCAGACGUACACAGUACACGGUAUCAGUCGGAUAAACAUGUACGGUGACCAGCCGCACUGUAUCAUGGACCAGUACCCACACAUCAGGCAGUACUGCUACUGCAAGAGCCAGCCUGCACUUAGGAAAAAAAGAUAGACCGUUUGCUUUUUACUUUUUGAACAAAAUUCUAUUUUUCCAAAGCCGUUGUUUGAAGGCAAUAUUUGCUGUUUUGGUGAUGCCCAUUGCUGUUGUUAAACCUUGAAGAAUUUGUAGAGUUACUAGUAAUGCAGGUGGAUUUUGAGCACUAUACACUCAGUCAAACUUGUAUAAGACGACCACCCAGGGGACUGAGAAAAUGUGGUCCUCUUAGACAAGUGGUCUUUUUAUACAAAAAGCAUGGUGACAAGACAGAACAAGAAAAUUUCAGCAAAAUUUCCACCAGUUUGACAAUAGACUGGACCAUUUUACAUUGUGAUAAAGACUCUUGAGCAAGAAAAAUGGUCCUUAACAUGAAAGUUGUCUUCCUACAUUCUUUUUACGGAAUAUAGAUACAAUAUAAAGCUGUUGUGUAAUGUUUUCGUCAUGUUAGGGUUGACAGGUGAAAGAAAUUCUCUCAUUUCUCUCAGCUUCCUAGUCACUGCCCUGUGGUGGAAUGUCUUCCUUGCUAUUGGUCAGGAGAAUACUGAUCUCCUUUCUAUGAAAGGGUCAUGGAAAAUAAUGUGUUAUUCUAUAACAUACAAAAAACGAAUUGCGAGAUGUUGGAUUGUAACCAACACACUACAUGAGAUGUAUCAGACUUUACACAAAUUUGAGUUUGUGUGUAUUUUACUAUGCAGUUAUUGUAUUACUAUGUAGGAUUACUUUAAACUGAAAUAUAGCAAAUUACCCAAGUGGAAUAUACAAUCAAUCAUGUUACUUUAGAUAGCAAAUACUACAAAAAUUGUUUGUACGUGUAUCUUUUUUAUCAUUUGACUGUACAAGUAGGUAGAAAUAAUGAAUUGGAGGUGUGCAAAUAGUUAAUAAUAUAUUUUUCUUGGGGUGCAAGUUACUACUACAAAUGUAUGUUGCAAUGGAUGGACCUGUAUGACACUGAGACUUAUAAUUGAUGAUAAUCACUUUCUUCCAUAUUAAUGAUUAUUUGAUGAUGGUGUCUGUUGUGAAGUGAGGAUAAAUAAAAGCUUAUCAGUGUACAGAAGUUAAAAAAUUAUAUCUACCACCUGAAACUUAAUAUGACCAUCCUGGGUUGUAAUUUAGAAUAAGAAAUACAAUGUAUUCACACCCCUUUCUGAGGCCACACCAAUUUAAUUUCUUGGUUAACGGAUUUUUCUAGAAAAAUAAUGGA